AUGACUCCAGAAUAUGCAAUGUUUGGACAAUUCUCAACAAAGUCAGAUGUCUUUAACUUUGGUGUCCUAAGUGGUAAGAAAAUUACUAAUUUCUUUGAUACACAAAAUAUGGAGUGCCUUCUCAACUAUGCAUGGAGAAAUUGGAGGGAGGGGACAUCUUCGAAUCUCAUAGAUCCCAUGCUAAUGAAGGGCAGUUCAAAAGCUGAAAUGAUGAAAUGUAUUCACAUCAGUCUACUAUGUGUUCAACAAAAUGUAGCUGACAGACUAGACAUAGCUUUAAUUCCUCUCAUGCUUAAUACCGAUUCUAUCGCUUUGCCUGUACCUACACAACCUGCAAGCUUUAUGCAGACCAAUGUUCAGUCAGCCACAUCACUGCAACCGGACAUCAAUUGCGGAGGAAUGACUAAUUAUGAGGUUUCAAUUAGUGAGCUAUAUCCUAGGUAG